AUGGGGCAGAUAAGGUGUUGCUGGGCAUUUUCCACAGUGGCAGCAAUAGAGGGAAUUAUAAAGCUUCAGACAGGUAACUUAAUAUCAUUAUCAGAGCAACAGCUUGUGGACUGUACUGCUGGAAAUAAAGGCUGUCAAGGUGGUCUCAUGGACACUGCUUUCCAAUAUAUUAUACGAAACGGAGGGCUAACAAGUGAAGAUAAUUACCCCUACCAAGGAGUAGAUGGCACUUGCAGUAGCGAGAAGGCAACAUCUACUGAAGCACAAAUAACUGGGUAUGAAGACGUGCCACAGAAUAAUGAAAACGCUCUCCUGCAGGCUGUGGCCAAACAGCCAGUAUCUGUCGCUGUUGACGGUGGUGGGAACGAUUUCCGGUUUUAUAAAAGUGGUGUCUUCGAAGGGGAUUGUGGGACAAACCUAAACCACGCGGUUACUGCAAUUGGAUAUGGUACUGACAGUGAUGGGACUGAUUAUUGGUUGGUGAAGAAUUCGUAG